GAAGGCGCAGGCUCCCCGUGCCUGACAUAUCACUCAAGGAAUCACGCCGAGGUUCCUCGUAACUACAUGUCGGAGCUAGAGGCAGAGGUUGAGAAGUUGACGCGGGAGAACCUAGAACUGAGAGCACGAGCCCAGUCCGCUUCCAUCAAUGGUGAAAUUACUAUUCCACGUGAACAAUCCUCCCCAGGAAGCGUUGGUCCCGGCGCCCAUCCAACAGGAAGUCCAGCCACGUCUGAUACAAGACCGAACCACGUGCAAGACUUGGUGAGGAGCGUCAGGGAUGUUGUUGUUGAGCCGUCAAGACAGCCACAAUUCUUAGGACAGAGCGGCGGCAUCACCCUUGCCAGAUUGGUCAUAUCAGCAAUCCGCGUCGACGCCUUGCCCUCUCCCUUGCUUACUGAGCCACACUCGUAUAACCCUUCUUCGUCUUCAAUGGCAGUCGAGGCUUCUCUUCCACCGCGCCAUGCCGCAGACCACCUGGUUGAUGUCUACUUCCAGUACCACACACCCCAUUUACCUAUUGUGGAACGUUCAAGGGUCGAGAAGGCUGUUGAGAGCGCAUACCAGGCCAUGAGUGGCCGGGAGCUCCCGGACCGGGCUGUAGAAAGGGACGUUUUCAUGUGUUUUAUGAUCCUCGCCAUCGCCCUCUGCGACGUCUCAAACCCAUCCGGAGGUCGACCAAGCCAGAGUGAGGGAUGCUUUAGAUCGGCCAUCGGUUGGUACGAAAAGGUCGUCGUGAGCUCGAAAAGUGAUAUCGAGACACUCCGCACUAUCCUUCUAUUGGCUCAAUUCAUUGCAUUGUGCCCUUCUCGGGGAAGUCUAUGGCAUUUGACAGGUAUCGCUUUACGCUUAUGCAUCGACAUAGGUUUGCAUUGGGAAAGCGAAGAUCAUGCUAUGUAUACGGAUCCAGCCAUAUUAUACGAUCGCCGACGUCUAUGGUACUCUACAUACCAAUUUGACCGUAUCUUAUGCAUCACGCUCGGUCGCCCCUUUGGUAUCAUUGACGAAAGCAUACGUGUGCCACUUCCAAACCCAUGGGCUGUUUAUCGAGGAACCUCUAGCAGCGAAUCCGCCAAAUUCGAUAUACAUAGCCAACGAGCUCAUAACCACCUGUUUAUCUUAUCAAAGCUUGAGUCUGAGAUCAAACAUGUGCAGCACAGCCAAACCUGGGCUCCAAAAAUAGCCUACCCCAGGGCAAACUAUGGAGCCUGGGUUGAGGAUAUCCAACCCCGCCUUGAAGAAUGGUACGCUACUAUUCCGCAGACGAGCAAGGCUUAUCCAUCAUCCAUAUUCGCAUAUCAGGCGUACUGGGAUUAUGUCUAUAAUAAUGCAAUUCUCCUGUUGUACCGGCCUAAUUAUACAGGAUCACAAACAUCCCCGGAAGCAACAGUCCUCUCUUUUAAUGCCUCUUGUCAGCUGAUUGGAAGUAUCAAAACCCUACAGCGAGAAGGGAAGGUUGAUAUACUAUGGAAAUCGGCCUAUCAUCUCUUCAUGGCCGGCCUGGGAGUUAUAUAUAGCCUUUGGCAGUCGAAAGAAGUACGAGACCGGAAUCCUAUCGGGAGUAGUAUUUCCACAUUACAAUCCUGCGCCUCGACACUCUCUGCAAUGGCUGAGAGCUUCCCAGGAGUUGCAGGUUGCCGUGAUGCCUUCGAUACUCUAUCAUCAGCAACAGUCGGCUGGCUAGUUGAUGAUAACACUGUAGAACUACAUUAUGGCCGUCAAGAGUUCGAGAAACAAGCGGAGGACCUCUUGCAGCAGCUUCAGCCAUCUCGCGGAGCAAAUGACAAUAAUGGAAUGGACAUGCCAGGCAUGCUGUCGGCCGAUACCUUUUUUUUUAGCGAGAUGCUCAGCAGUGCUGCUCAAUGGCCUGAUCACGAGGGCAGCGGGUUUGGUGACAUAGGCUUUGACCCUAUGAUAAGAGGAGCGUCUCGUAUAUUCUUGUAA